GAGUUUCUGUCAGUCGUCCUCAGACUGUUGUUAGUCUCAGACUCGUUCAGCAGUUUCAGAUGAAGAUGAUGAAGAUGAUGGUGGUCCUUGUCUUCUCCGGUCUCCUCUGUGUCUCAGCUGACGACCGACAUGGGAACCUUGAAAUCAGCGGCUGUUCAGACUCUGAUGGAGAGGACAUGUAUGGACUGGAUGGAGAAGAGGUCUGGUACGCAGACUUCAUCAACAAGAGAGGAGUAGAGCCUCAGCCCAGUUUCAUAGAUCAUAUUACCAUCCCAGGAGCUUAUGAAGCAGCUGUGGCUAAUCAACAGAUCUGCAGAUCGAACCUGAAAGUCAUUCUCCAGGCUCUUAAAAACCCUCCAGUGGAGCUCAAUGCUCCUUCCAGUCCGAUGGUCUACACCAAAGAAGCCGUGGAGCUCCGAGAGAAGAACACCCUCAUCUGUUAUGUGACUGGUUUCUAUCCUGCUCCUGUCAUCUUCUCCUGGACAAAGAACGGAGAGAACGUCACCGAAGGAAGCAGCACCAACGUUCCCUACCCUAACAAAGAUGGUUCCUUCAACCAGUUCUCCAGACUGGACUUCAUCCCACAGCUGGGAGACAUCUACAGCUGUACAGUCAACCAUCUGGCCCUGGACCAACCACUGACCAGAAUCUGGGGUGUGACAGCCCCAGAGCCCAGUAUUGGACCUGCAGUUUUCUGUGAUGUUGGUGUGACUGUCGGUCUGCUCGGUGUGGCCGCUGGAAUCUUCUUCUUCAUCAAAGGACACAAGCGCAGCUGAUUGGUUGGGGCUGGUGAUGUCAUUAGGAUGAAGAACGUUGUAAACUAGAGUUAUAUUUAUCUACUGUCUGUCAGGGCUGGACUGGGAAAGAAAAUUGGCCGUGGCAUUUUUGGCCCAGGCGGCCCACACCCACCGUGAUUGGUCAGACACAUUCCCUGCAGACUG